AUGACUAUCAAGCAUCAAUGCAUUGAAAUCUGUGUAAACGAAAAUGAUAUUGAGAAGGAUCGACGACGAAAAGCUUUGCUCAAUGAUCCAAAUUAUGGAGUAGUGCUUUAUUUCCUGGAUAAGUUUCGAUCAAUACUUGAUUUACCGAAUUAUUUAUUACAACGUUUUGAAGAUCAUCUUGUUAAUUGCGAAGGGAAAAAUUCAUCACGUCUUAUUGACUUUCAUUUCACUCUUCUUAAACGAUUAUCUCUGGCAAGAAAUGCUCAGCGUGACAAGUUCGAUUCAAUUGUUACUAAAUUUGCUGCUCGAUUUGAUGUCAACGACAGUGAACAUAUAAAAACAACUGGCUAUUUAAAAGCAAAUGUCAAUAUAAAAAUUCGAAUAAUAAAGAAUUUACUCGAAAGUCAAUUUGAAACAAAGCAGAUGUUAAAAAAAUGUUUAAUUGAUAAAUCCGCCUAUGAACUCAAAUCUUCACCAUUAGGUCGUGAUCGUUUUGGAGUUUCGUAUUGGCUUUUUAUGGAUAAAGAUUGUUUCGUGCGGUUAUUUCGCGAAGAUAUUGAUGUCGAUCGAACAUGGACUAAUAUUGCGACAAACCGAGAUGAAUUAAAAAAAUUUAUUGAAAUAUUAAUUGCUGACCGUGUAGUUCGAAAGAAAUUUCCUGAUUGGAUUGUUAAUUGUGAACAAUUUUCUCCUGUACUAACAUCAGAUGACUUUGAGCAAAAUUAUUUUCCUACUUCAGUCAGUCUAACAGAAGAAAUGCAAACUAUGUUGACUGAUGAUAGUGAUACAGAUUUCCCAAUAAAGAAAACACGUCGACAAUCAACAGCUUCACAAAACUCAUUAAAUAUGUAUAAAGACUUCGAAUCGAUAGAAGAGAAUCGUAAUAGUGAUCAACAAGAAGAAUCGUCUAUUGAUGAUGUUUGUCCUUCGAUACGUCGAUCAUCGCGACUUCGAAAACCAACAACAACUAUUCCGCAGGCUUCUAGUGCAAAAAAGAAACGCCCAACAAAAAGUAAAAAGAAUCUUUCAAACAUUCGUCGUAAAACGAAAUCUCGAAGGCACGAUUAUCCAUACUCAUCGACAUCAAGUUCAGAUGAACAUGUCGAUUAUUCAUCCGAAGAUGAAUACGAUUCCGACGAUUAUCUUCCUGACCAAUCGCAAAUUGAUUUCGAUAACAAUUUAUUCCAAUUAGAAGAAGUUGAUGAAAAAACGAUAGAAUUUCGUUCAGCUAAAACAGCUCAAACAUCAGCCCUUAUAAUAUUUUGUUGUAAAUGCUCAAAAGAUGAUCAACCGGAAGUUUUACUAAUAUGUGAUGGUUGUAAUGGUGCUUAUCAUUUAGAAUGUUUACAUCCUGUACUUUUAUCGGUACCUCAACAUGAAUGGUUUUGUCCAUUGUGUGAACAUAGAAAAUUAUCCAAUAGUUUAAUUGAAAAAUUCAAAGAAUUAUUAAUUAAUUUGCAUCAAACUGAAACAACACGAAGAAUGUGUAUGCUAAAAAAAUCUUCGCCACGAAAAAUUAAACCAAAAGUUUAUACCAGUGAUGAGAGUAUUACAGAAUCUGAGCACGAAAAUUCUAUGAAUAAUGACGAAUUAGCAUUUCAAAUAAAUGAUAAUACUAAUCUAUCAUCGUCUUGUACUACUGAUGAAACUACUACUACAUAUAAUAUAAGUCAACGUGGUCGUCAGCGACAUAUUCGAUUCGAUAUGAAAAAAAUUUUCGAUUCCCACGAUGAAUUUAAUAUUGAUUCAGAUACUGAUGAUGAAUAUAAAAGUGAUAUUAAUUCAGAAACAACGAAAUUCAAUUUACAACUACCUAACCAAAUUACUCGUUUACUUCAUCGCCGUCAUCGAUCACCAACAAAAAAUCAUCAACGAACAAGAACACUCACACAAUAUAAAUCAAUUGAUAUUAAUGAACAACUUGGCUCACCACUUGUUUAUGUUAAUUCUGAUGGAAAUUCUGAUCAAAUAGAAUCUUUUGUAACGAAUUCUAAACAAACAUCACAAAUUGCACGUCGAUGGAAUUAUGUUCAACGGCGUAGUCGACUUAAAGUUAUGAAUAUGAAAUUAUUAAAUGAAACAAUAGGACCUGAAUGUGUUGAUGAAAAUGAAUUAUUUUGCCCGGAUGAUAUGUCACUAUCAAAUGCUAAUGAUAGUUUAAGUAACAGUGAAAUAAGAGAUGAAGAUAAUUUAAUGAUGCAUUCAAACAUCAAUUCAGUAGAAUCAAUAAAUGUAGAAUCAAUUGAAAAAUCUUCAUCAAAAACCAUUUUAAAAAAAGCAGACGCCAGUUUUGAUCGACUUACUCGUGAUAUUCAAUGUGCAUUAACUGAGACAAAUACAUUUCCAAGUGUAACAAAAACUAAAGCCACCAGUGAUCAACAGCCUGUUAAACGAACCACCAAAAUGCAUCAUUCGCUAUAUAUGACAAAAGUUCCAUAUCGAUCAUUUCCAUUGUCUUUGUUUCAAUCAUCUUGCAAUGGAUUUAAUAUUUUUAAAACGGAAGAUUUUUCAAAUUCUAAAUCUCUUUCAACUACUAUUCAAACAUCCUCUUCAUUGUCGCCUUUGAAAGAUACAAAUCUUGAUCAAACAUUACCGACGAUGGAUAUAUAA